UUUGAAAAAUGAUGCCUGUUUGUUGACGGUGAAGGCCAUUUUGAGUUCGUAACGUAGAAGGAAAACCAUCCUUAAAAAUCCUCAAUCAUCAACACCAAAACAGGUGUUCCCAUAUUUUUUCUUUGGCAGAUCACUUUAAAAGGGUUUUAUGAACAUCAACGCUCAAUUUUCGACUCCAUUAGACCCUUUUUCUAAUCCUGAAAAUAAUGAAGGAGGGUCAGCUUCGUCAGAAAGCUUAAUCCACAUAAGAAUCCAGCAGAGGAAUGGUAGAAAAACCCUGACCACUGUGCAGGGGAUAAGUCCCGACUAUGACCUGAAGAAAAUUGUGAAGGCGUGUAAAAAGGAGUUUGCCUGCAACGGGACAGUGGUGGAGCACCCUGAGUAUGGGGAGGUCAUACAGAUGCAGGGCGAUCAGAGGAACCACAUCAAAGAUUUCCUGAGAGAUCUCGGCUUAGCAGCUGAGAAACAGCUCAAGGUUCACGGUUUCUAAGUUGUACCACCACAUUCAUCAAUCAAGUUCGCAUCAUCUAUAUUGAGAAGUUCAUCAUGUUGUAGCCACAAGGCAUGCAGUUGCCUCCCUUCCACUGUAGACAACACAUUUUGGUUGUUGAAAAAAUGCAAAAAUUAACAAUGAACAGAGAACCUUAUUUUAAUCCUACAAGUGUAUAAUUUAAAAUUCACGGUAAAAAAUAUUUAUUGUUCUGCAGGGCUUUGUUGUCAUGGAUAUCGUCUCCCAUAUAUAUUGAGGUAUAGAUGAAAACUAGUAAUUCUUUCUGGCCAAAAGUUGAAUUUAAUUAUCAUAGCUGACAAAAAUGUCUAAAAUGUGUAGCUGAUAUGGUUUUUUCAUCAUAUUCAUAAUUUAGAUAUUAAAGAAGUUAGCGUAUGGUUUGGCUAAAUUUGAGAUUUAUGUACAAUUUUAGAUUCAUGUGAAAUAAAUCUUCUCUUCUAACUCGUGAAAUUCAAAUACCUUUAACAAAGGUAUCAGAAGUGUUCCAAGGCCCUGAGAUAUUUUGUAAAUGUAGAUGCAUUAAUUUGUCAUUUUGUCAUAAAAUAAAGAAAACUUUUGUAAUAAA